UCUGUCAUUCUCCUGUUAUUUUCCUUUUUUAUUUCAAUUGUUUCAUCAAUUGUUUUUGUUUUUAGUUCUGUUUUUUUUAUCCUUCAAUCAACCAAGUUUAAACUUUGAUUCCUAUUGAUUUUGGUAAGUUCAACUUCCAACCAACAGUAGCUGCAACUUCUAUGGUCUCCAACUACAACGGAAAGAAGGGAAAAGUAAUUCACUUUCCCUUUCACCAACCAAAGGAAAAAGUAAAAGUUAGUUAAAGUCGAAAAUUUUCAGUUAGAUUCCCCCUCACUUGGAUUUGAUCUCUAUGCCCUUCAUCUCAUGCUCCGAACCCUUCAUUUGGUUCUGCAGAUUGAAGCCACAGGUUGAAGCUUCUCUCUUUUCUCUUUUGGUAGGUCUGCUCCUUUUCUUUGGCUUCAAUUUGUAAAGGUUUGAUUUUGAAGAGGAAGCAUACAGUGGUAUUAUAGUGGAGAUCUGGGACUUGUUUUGCCUCUUAUGCCCUAUGAGGACUUUCUUCACCGCAGAGUCGUGUAAAGAAGCACACCAUAGUGCUUUGAAUCCACAGUCCUGGCUCCAAGUUGAAAGAGGGAAGCUUCCCAGAUUGUCAUCACAGUCCUCUUCUGCAUCAAUAGAAUCCCUAAUCAAGGUCCCACAGUCACCGAUACUCCCAUUCUUCAAACCUGUUGAUUAUGUGGAAGUCUUAGCUCAAAUCCAUGAAGAACUUGAAUCUUGUCCUCCACAGGAACAAUCAAAUCUGUUUUUGUUACAAUACCAGGUCUUUAAGGGCCUGGGGGAUGUCAAACUGAUGCGUAGAAGCCUCCGGUCAGCUUGGCAGAGAGCAAACACUGUUCAUGAGAAAAUUAUAUUUGGGGCAUGGCUGAAGUAUGAGAAGCAAGGAGAAGAAUUAGUUGCUCAGUUGCUCACAGCUUGUGGUAAAUGUGAAAAGGAAUUUGGACCCAUAGAUGUAGAAUCUCAUAUUCCUUUUGAUAAAAAUGUAAGUUCCCAAGAUAGAGCUUUGAUGAAUGGGAACGAUGCUUCAGAAUAUGUUAUCUUUAAAAUUGGAGAUGAGAAGAUAGUCUGUGAUAGACAAAAGAUUUCUGAACUUUCAGCACCAUUCCAUGCAAUGCUAAAGGGUUGUUUCAGGGAAUCACUUUCUGAGACUAUAGAUUUGUCUGAAAACAAUCUCUCUCCUUCAGGUAUGAGGGCAGUAAGUUAUUUCAGCUUGACAGACAGUUUACUUGACGUCCCUCCAAAUCUUUUGGUGGAAAUAUUAGCUUUUGCAAAUAAGUAUUGUUGCGAAGGACUAAAACAGGCUUGUGACAGAAGACUUGCAUCCUUAGUUUCCUCCAGAGAAGAUGCACUGGAACUCAUGGAAUAUGCUGUUGAUCAGAAUUCAGCUGUCCUUGCGGCUUCUUGUUUACAAGUUCUUUUACGUAAUAUUCCCAAAUGCUUGAGUGACAAUCGGGUUGUGGAGUUAUUUAUUCAUGCUAAUAAACAGCAGUUGGCAGUCAUGGUUGGGCCUGGUAUAUUUUCACUUUUCUGUUUCUUGAGUGAAGUUUCUAUGAACCUUAAUUCUAGUUCAGACACAACAGCUCAUUUCCUGGAACGGUUAGUUGAUUUUGCUGAAAAUGACAAGCAGAGACUGCUGGCAUUUCAUCAAUUGGGAUGUGUAAGACUCUCAAGGAAAGAAUAUGAUGAAGCCUAUUGUCUUUUUGAGAGGGCUUUAAAUGUAGGUCAUAUUUAUUCUGUUGCGGGUUUAGCUAGACUGGACUCUAUAAAGGGUGAGAAACUUUUAUCUUAUGAGAAGAUCAGCUCAGUCAUUUCUUCUGUUACUCCACUUGGAUGGAUGUACCAGGAAAGAUCACUAUACUGUGAUGGUGAUUUGAGGCGGAAAGACCUUGAGAAAGCAACUGAACUGGAUCCUACUCUUAUAUAUCCCUACAUGUAUAGGACUGCCUCUUUAAUGAAGUCAGGGAAUGUUCAAGUUGCACUGGCUGAAAUCAACCGGAUUCUUGGCUUCAAACUUUCAUUAGAGUGCUUGGAACUGCGGUUUUUUAUCUAUCUGGUCCUUGAGGACUACAAAGCAGCGCUCCGAGAUGUUCAAGCAAUUCUUUCCCUGUGUCCAUCUUAUAAAAUGUUUGAAGGGCGUGUAGCUGCAUCUCAGCUCUGUACUCUUGUGCGUGAGCAUGUCGAACAUUGGACAACAGCAGAUUGUUGGGUCCGAUUAUAUGACUGUUGGUCUGCUGUUGAUGAUAUUGAGUCUCUAUCUGUCAUCUACCAGAUGCUUGAAUCUGAUGUAGCAAAAGGUGUUCUAUACUUCAGACAGUCAUUGCUUCUCCUCAGGCUAAACUGUCCUGAGGCUGCCAUGCGGAGUUUACAGUUAGCUUGGCAACAUGUAUCAAGUGAGCAUGAAAGACUUGUAUAUGAGGGCUGGAUCUUGUAUGAUACAGGUCAUUGUGAGGAAGGGCUUCAAAAAGCUGAAGAGUCUAUUAGUAUUAAAAGGUCUUUUGAGGCCUACUUCCUGAAGGCCUAUGCAUUGGCCGACUCCAGUUUAGAUUCAUCAUGUUCUUCAACUGUUAUUUCUCUUCUGGAAGAUGCCUUGAGGUGUCCUUCUGAUAAUCUGCGCAAAGGUCAGGCUCUAAACAAUCUUGGAAGUGUUUAUGUUGAUUGUGGGAAAUUGGAGUUAGCAGAAGAUUGCUAUAUCAAGGCCCUUAAAAUCCAGCACACCCGAGCCCAUCAGGGUCUUGCUCGUGUUCAUUUUCUAAAAAAUGAUAAGGCUGCCGCUUACAAGGAAAUGACCAACCUUAUUGAGAAGGCAAGAAACAAUGCAUCAGCAUAUGAGAAGAGGUCUGAGUAUGGUGAUCGUGAAAUCACAAAGGCAGAUCUGGAGAUGGUGACUAGAUUAGAUCCACUUCGGGUGUAUCCUUACAGAUAUCGAGCAGCAGUUCUGAUGGACAGCCAUAAGGAAGAGGAAGCCAUUGCGGAACUCUCUAGAGCAAUUGCAUUCAAAGCUGAUUUGCACCUCUUGCAUCUACGUGCAGCAUUCCAUGAACACAAGGGGGAUGUUUUAGGUGCACUAAGAGACUGUCGUGCUGCUCUCUCAGUGGAUCCAUUCCAUCAAAAAAUGUUAGAACUUCACUGUCGUGUCAAUAGCCACGAGCCAUGAGUCAAGACCAUGAAUUCUGCCAAAUGAAAACAUUAACGGUCACCAAAAGUGAAUUUGUAAAUGAAAAGUAUAGUUAAAUAAGAUUUAACUAUCCGAAGACUCUAUUUUUAGGGGUGGCCGAAAUUUUAACAUUUAUACAUUCCUUUUUUUAUAUUUGCUAAAUACACAGCUCCAUAUCUCACACAUCUCAAUGUCUCUUCACUUUUUUUUCUCA